GGGACCGAGCCGAGGGGCCGAGAGGGGCUCGAUGGGGCCGGGGUGGGCGCAGGGCCUCGGCGGGGCCGCUUCCGGGCGGAGGGAGCCGUAUAUAAGGGCGGCGGCGCGGCAGCCGGGCCCUCUUUCGCCGCCCCGGCAGCGAGAUGACCAAGAAGAGGAGGAACAACGGCCGGGCCAAGAAGGGCCGCGGCCAUGUCCAGCCCAUCCGGUGCACCAACUGUGCCCGCUGCGUCCCCAAGGACAAGGCCAUCAAGAAGUUUGUCAUCAGGAACAUCGUCGAGGCCGCGGCGGUCAGGGACAUCUCAGAGGCCAGCGUCUUUGACUCCUACGUCCUGCCCAAGCUGUACGUGAAGCUGCAUUACUGCGUCAGCUGCGCCAUCCACAGCAAGGUGGUGAGGAACCGCUCGCGGGAGGCGCGCAAGGACCGGACCCCCCCGCCCCGCUUCA